AUGGAUAAUAAGAAGUUAAAGGAAAUUGAUGACCUUAUCAAAGAUUACAAAAAAAAAGGAGAAAAAGAGAUAAUUGAGUAGAUUCUGAGCAAAAUAAAUAUUCUACCUCUAUAAGUUAAUGGGAUAUUAAUUAAAGAUAAUUGGUUGCCAGAAUUUGUGAAAAAUUUGGAUUCAGAUGAAUAAUAUUAGUAUUUGAUGUUUAUUGAAAGGGCAAUAUAUCUCGAGAUCAAUAAGAAAUUUAUCAGAAAAAUUCAAGAGAAUCCGAAGUCUGACGAAAGAAAAAACAUUGCAACGAUAGAGAAAUACUUCUAGACUAUCAGUUAAAUAAUUAUAAAGGAAAAGAUGGACGAUGACAAUAAAAAAUACAGCAAGUUUUUUUAAGAAGACAUGAGUAAAUUAAUAAUACCAAAAAAGCAUACAGACAACCAUAAAUAUGAUGUUGAAAGCUUAAAGCAAUUUAAAUUUUAAAAGAAGGCUAAAAGCUUUCUGGGCAUAGGCAAGGCUUCAAGAAUGAGAAAGGCAGAACUUCUUGAUGAAGGUGGUUUUCGAGUAGAGUCUAAGAAAAAGCCAGGAAAAAUAGAAUAUUUAUGGAAAGGGGAAGUUGUUUUCAGAUUUGAGUUUCAAAACGAAAACGGAGAAGAAUUUGAUAAAUAAAUGAACAAUCAAGAAAUAGAAGUCAAUAAUAAAAAGGCUUAAUAGGAUGAUCUUAAAAGAAAAGAUAGUAAAGCUAAAAAGAAAGAAAAUACUUUGAAAUGGGAAAUAAAAGAAUGCAAAAGAAGAGUAUUAAUCAAGAAAUCAGAGGAGAGUGAAGAUUGCUUUUAUGUCUACUUGCCAAGAGACAAUGCAGAAAAAGUUAUUUAUUUCUUGAUAUUUAAGAGAGCUGAAAGAAUUUUCAAUUAAAAAAAACUUGUGAGGCAAUUAAUAGAGAAAAAACAAAUAAAAACAUAAAAUGAUUAGAAAGAAGAAACACCAAAAAAUUAGAUAGAACAAGAGAAAAGCCUAAAUGGUAGUCAAAAAGAGAUAAAUAAUGGCAGCAAAAAGGAGAUAAAUUUAAAUGAAUAGAUUAAAGAAAUAACGCUUAAGGAUUAAAAAGUCGAUCAAGAGAACAAUUACUUGUUGAUUGAGAAAGAUUAUAGUCUUAAAUAGCUGUUCUCUGAUUGUAUUAAAAAUUUCAAAAUAAAAUUCAUUUAGUCUUGGUAUAAUUAAUAUAUGUCUCCUGCAACCAAGCAAUUAUAGAUAAAAAAGAAUAGCGUUGGUCAAAGUACCUUUCAAGAAUAGCCUUUGGUUUAAAUGAAAAGCUUUAAUUAGGGAAUAACGUCGACUAUAUCGUCAUCUAAUAGACAAAACGAAUAGCCCUUGCUGAAUAUAAUUGAAGAUCCCAACAUUGAAGAGCCUAAUUUUGAUAAUAUUUUUAAAAGACCAUUCAAGCAAAGCUCGCAAUAUAACUCAGAUAGCUUAGACGUAGAUGAUAGAAGUCUUAAGGAAAUAGAUAAGAAUUACAUUGAUCUCUUUAAGAAAACAGAUACAAAUCACCUUGAUUUGAGUAGAAUUUAGACUUAGAAAGAAAUACAAAUGCAAGAAAGUUUAGGCUUUUAAAAUGAUUACUUAAUAUAAAGAAAUGAAAAUAAAUAAUAAGUUUUAAUCUAAGAUGGAAAUAAAUUUGGAAAAAAGAAUUAAAAUGAAGAUAAAUAUAGUAAGUCAUAGCAACAGUAAUUCAAUUAAAGUUAAAAUUAUCAAAUAAAUGUUGGAGAAAAAAACUUGAAAGGAGAAAUUGAACAGAGUUCGGCAGGAGAAAAUAUUUAAUUAUCACCAAAAGUCUUGUAAAUUUUAGAACUAGAAAUUAUAUCUCCUGAUAAUGAACAUCCUCUUUAGAAAGAGUUUUUCUUGAAAUAUCAAUAUAUUUGUGAGCUGAGUAAUAGAGAAUAUGUUAUCCUUUUAAACAAAGACAACAUAAUUCCAAAUUAAGAGUUGAAACAAUUAAAUACAGGACCUGAAAUGAAUACUUUGGCUGAAAAAGGAAUCACCAAAUAUGUUUUAAAAGAUAAAAAGCCAUGCUAAUUUUCAAAUGUAAAAAUCAAACAAUUUAGUUCAAAAAAAAAUGGAAUGGAAGAAAUUAAAUUUGAAGAGAACAAUUUCACUUUCGAAAUUUGUAUAAAAACAAAAGAACAACAAAAUGACAAAGAGGUUGAGCGUGAGUGGGGCAGCUGCAAGUUGCUGUAUAAUGAACAUCUGAAAGACUACAAUAAUUCUAACAAAAAGAAGAAAAAUAUUGGAAGAGAUUUUUGGCUCACUUGCUAACUUAAAGAUCCAUAAAAUAAUAAUGGAAACACAUACUUUGCCUAUUUGCAUGUGAGUGUAUUUCAAAAUGAUUAAAACUCGUAUUACGAUUAUCUUCAAGAAAGAAUCAAGAAUUAAUUGCAUUUGAAAUGCCCAAUGUUUGAUGAAAAGGUUUAUCUGCCUUACUUUAAUCCAGAGCAAAUUGAACUUGCAUAUGGAUUAUUACAAGUUUUUAAUUGUGAAUGGAACUUUUUAGAUCAUUAUAAAUUCUAUCAAAUUUAGACAGAUAUCCCUAGAAUAUUGCAUAACAACAACAUUUAAGCAGAUAAUUUGAAAUCAUUUUCUGAAUACUAAGCUAAUAUAAGAACUUUUUAUCAUUUUAUGUACAUCAGCGAAACAACAAAACUGAUGAUUUAAUCUAAACUCCAUAACUAAAUCUGGGUACAGAUGGAAAACUGCAUUAAUGGCAAUAGAAACGAUGUUGAAAUUUUGAAUGAUUUUCAGGCUAUGUGCAAAGAAGGAAUUCCUCUAUAAAAUAGAUUUUAAACUUGGUACGAGCUCAGUUAUUUGAUUGACAAAAUAGAAAAGUCUUAUUAAUCUUUGACUAAUUUCUGUUAAAAUAUCACAAAUUUAAAGGAUGAUUAUGCUAAAUUAAAAGAAAUUUAUGACAAAGAAAUUGACAUUGAAGCAGCAGAAGUCAAAAAAAAACUCAAAAUGAUAGUCUAAAAUAGCCAAGAUUACCGUAUUCUCAUCAACUCUAUUAAAGAAAAAUCUAAAAAGUAAGGCAUUAAUGCAGCUCUUAAGAGCUACGGAGUCAUCAUAGAUAGCAACCAGAAAGAUAAACAAGAUUACAUCUUCUAAAAGAGAGAAGAUUUCUAUUGUUAUAUUAAGAGAAUAAGUCAUUAUCACUGUGUGCACAUAACUCCUCAUUUAUUCUUAGAUUUAAGUAAAAGACUUGAAAACAGUUUCAUUAAAGAAACAACAUUUGAAAGAUUUAACCAAAUCAGUCAAAUUGUGAAAGAUUUAAUUUUCCUAGAGAGCUUAAGUUUUGAUAGAAGGGUUUAAAAUUUACAAAAAGGGAAGGUUGAAGACAAGGAUAGAAUGGUUGAAAUAAAGAAAAGAAAAAUCUAAAGAAAGAAAUAUUCUCUAGAAAAAAUAGGAAUUCCAAUGAUAAACUACCAUCAAGGAUUAAUUGACAUAAUAGAUAAACUGAUAACAUUGAAUUAAACAAGCAAAAUAAGUUAAAAUCUAAUAGAUUUUAAAGUCAUUUUACCUGAUGUAUUUUGGACUCUUUAUUGCUUUUAUAGACACUGCUUGAAAUACUACAUUUGCUCCAAAUACAGAGCAAAAGAAAUAAUCGAUGAUCUUUUUAUAUUAAACUUUUGCUUGAAACUUUAUAUAAGGGAGCUUUGGGAACAUUUAGACUCUUUAUAUAUAAAUACAGAUUUUCUGUUUGAGAAGGCUUUUCUUUCUCUUUACUCAAAUCUAUUUUCAAGAGAGCUUUUGUUCAGAAUCUGGGAUGUUAUAUUCUUAGAGAUAUCGAGACAGUAAAUAGAAAUCAGCUUUAUACUAAUAGCUAUAGCAAUGGUGAUACUUUCAAAGCUCAAGAAUGCUCUCAGUCAUGCUAAUACAAUUGAAGACAUUAUUUUUCUCAUUCAAAAUUACUGCAAUUUCGAAGUGAACAUAAACGAAUUUGUCGAGUUGAUCUAUAUAUGGAUUGACAAAUUAUUCCUUUAAAAAGACAACAAUUAAGAGUAAUUCGAUGAUGAUUAUUUGCAAGAAAAAAUAGAAUUCCAAGAAACAGUCAUGGAACAAUUCUAUGUAAAAUAUAGCGUUUGCAAUAGCUUAUUCAGAGAUUAAUAUCUCUUUCAAAUGAAAAAUAUCUGCUUUUAGAAGCUUUAUCAAAAUUACUUAAAAAUGAAGCAAGACUUGCAAAUAAUAUACGAAAAGAAGUAAGCAUAAGAUUAAGAAAUAGUAUACCAUCCACUCUACUAAGUUUUGACAAACAAUCCACAAAUAAUACACUUAGUUAUUCACUCAUUUUCAGCAAAGCUCUCUUUCAACAAUAAAAUAACAAUUACAUAUGAUCGUAUUUCUAAAGAAAUCUUUGACGGAUAUCUCUCAUUUAAAAUCGAUCUAUUGAAAUUUUAAUUGAAACAAAUUUUGGGAAGCAUCUAAAUUAGAAUUUAGGAUGAAUAGAAAGAAUACUUUGGACAAAUUAACCUAGAUAAUUUAUUUUAUGAUCAGGCAAUCAAAUUAAAUGUUUUAGUUCAUGAAAAGACUUAAUUAUCUGGUAAAUCUGCUUAUAAACCUAUUGGCUACUUUUUGGAAGUUAGCGUUUUGUUGUAGACUUGCAAUACUUUUAAUUUGAAUUAUUCUUAAACUCAAAGAGUGUCUUUUGAUUAUUUCAAAAACUUAGGAAAGACUAUAACCGAAGAUCAGAGAAAUAUGAAAUAUGUGGUUAACUAAGCAUAGGUUGGAAAGGGCAUAUUGGUUUACUAUCCCUCAUACUCAAACAUGAUGUUUUAUGAUGAACUUGCUAAAUCAGAUUUGAACUUAAAAUUAGACACUUGCAACUAUAAUUUACUGACUUUCUGGAAGAUUAAUUCAACCGUUCCUUUAGAAUAAGCGUUAUCACUUAUUGACGACCUAUUCCCUUAAUAGCUCAAAAAAGAAGAGAAGGAACAACUACUAAGAUAUUUAGUUAAUUUAGAUGGCUAAUUUUACGUCUUAGAUCUUUUCCUCAUUUGUAUUUUAUAUGCCUAAGAGUGCUUUACAACUAAAGCCUCACUCAUUUUCAAGUAUUUGAACUUCUUUGAAAGGAGAAGAAAAGAGAGCGAUAUAUCUGAUAUUACUGUAAAGUCCUUUUUAGUUGCUUUUUAUGAAAGAGUUCAAUACUAUUUUCCAUCGCAUUAGUUAAUAAUUUUAGAAAAUUUUAUAAAUUCAAAGGCUAGUUCUUAGAUAAAUAAAGUUAUGUACGAAUACUUCAAAGGGAAAGAGAAUUUAACUAGCUACUUUAGAUAAAACAUAAUUGAUAAAGUUUUUGAAAAGAAUUUAAGCUUAAACAUAGAUUUAUCAAAUCCUGAUUUUUUGAAGCAUUUGUAUGAAAUAUUGAAAACAUGUAAAAUCAUCUAUUAAGGAAAACUCAUUGUGGAUUAUCAGCUUAAAAACAUGAAAUUAUAAAAGUAGUUGAAAAUUUUGAUAGACCAAAAGAAUAAAACAUGUGUUAUUGAUACUUUCAACUCUCAAAUUAAUGAAGUGAUUUGCAAAUAUAACGAAGGAAGUAUUAAUUUAAAGGAUUCUUUAGAUAAAAAUAUCUUAAACUAAUGCUUAGAAAGGACAUAAAUGAGUGAUAAAAAAGCAAGUUCAAACAUUGAUUUCUUAAAAAAUGAAGAAUUGAAAAAGUUGCUGUUUCAAAAGCUUCAAAAAUACUAAAAAGGGAAACUAACUUUUAUUUACCAGUUAGAAAAUUAGUUGAGAUCAGAAGAAUACAAUAUAUUGAUUGAUUAACAGAAUAUUAGCACAUUAGAAUAAGAAACUGAGUUAUCAGAAGUUACUUACUAUUUCAAUGAUAAGGAAAAAUUAAAAAUGCUAGAAGAUUAUAAGUCUUUAUUGCUUGAAAUGAUUGAAAAAGAGAAAGAUUUCAAUAUUAAUGACAUAAAGAAGAUAUUAGAAAACAGAUUGAAAGAAUUAAAAGCAGAUAAAAAUGAUAAAAAUGGAAUCUUGGUUAUUGACUAUAAAAGCAAGACUUCUAGAAGAAGAGAAGAAUAUAAAUUCUCAUUUGAUUAAUAGGGAAAUGCUAAAAUUAUAAAUUUCAAUACACAAAUAAAUGAUAUUAAAUUCACAUACAGAGAGGGAGAAAUAAAAUUGACAUAUUUCUUUUAAUAAGAAAUUAUAGAGCAAUAUUUUUAAAAAAACCUUUCUCUUCAAAUAGAUUUUACUGAUAAAUUACUUAAAACUCUUUAUUAAUAAGUGAAAGAUUACAUAAAAGGAACGAUAAUCAUUGACUACACACUUAAGGAUUGUUCAAGAAAGGAAUAAUUCAAAAUUUUAAUUGACUAAAAUAGAUAGACUUGUUUUCUUGAAGAAACUCUCAGUCCAAAAAUUAAUCAAAUAUGUUACUAUCCUUAAAAUGAAAAAAACUUAGAUUUUACUGAUUUUUUUAGUCAGGAAAGCUUUAAAAAAUUUUUUUAUAGCAAUCAAAUACUUAACAUAGAUUUUUCUAACCCAGAUUUAUUGAAGUAUUUGUAUUUGAUUCUCAGUAAGAAAAAAUAACUUAAAAAAGGAGAGCUAGUUAUUAAAUAUGAACUAAAAAACUCAUUAAUUGAAUAAAAAUACAAUAUUUAAAUAGAUCUCUCAAAUAAAACUUGCUUAAUUGACGAUUUUUCCCCUCAAAAAAUUGUUAAAAAGGUUAUCCUUCGAGAAAAAAAUGAAGCUCUUAUCAAAAAAUUGCUUUAAUAGCAAAGUAAUUUAAUAAACUUUGAAGUCUAUGAUACUUAUAAUGAAGUUUAGUUUAUAGAUUUGCUAAAUUAGAUGCCACUUGCACCUUUGCUUUUGACUAUAAAGAAUAUAUUCAGUGAAACUCCUCUUGCUUUAGAGGAGAAGAAACAAGAUAUAAGAAAUUUGUGUCGCAACCUUAAUGUGAAGCUAAAUCUUGAUCUGUAAAUAAAUGAUGCAAAUUAGAAAGAUAUCAACAAUGUAUUUUAAGUAAGAGAUCUAUUAUAUGAAUAAAAGAAAGAACACUUAAUGUUUAAGGAUGAAACGUAGUGCAAAGACUACAUUUUCUUACCAAAUAUAAAUAUGUAUACUCCUUUGUCAAACAUUAUAUCUAACUUGAUUAAGAGUUUUAGUCAUAAUGAGUAAAGGGCAAAGACCUACAUUAAAUUAAACUAGAAAAAUAUUUCUAUUUAAUAAUUAAUUAAAGUCUGCAAAGUUAUCAAAGUUGAUAAAAAUUAAUUAUAAGAAAUAGCUGAUCUAAACUAGUCUUUAUUUUAAAUUGACAACCAACCAAAAAUUUUAGACAACUAAAUUCUGAGUGUUAACAACAAAAGUGAGUGCUUUGAAUAAAUCCCUUUCGAAUAUAAAUUGGUUCUAAGCAUUAACUUAGAAAAAGCAGAUUAAAAAGCCAAAAUAGAGUUUAAAGACAAAUUAGACUUAAAUGCUAAAAAUGAUCAAAACUUUAAACAAGAAUUAAUUUAAAAAGCAGAAUAAAUAGAGUCAAUUGAAAUAACAGUUCCAAAAAUUUUCUGCAGAUAUUAGUUUUAGAAUGUUGAGAAGCAGCCUAGUUUCUUUCCUGUGCUAAAUAUAGAAUCACAAGCAGAAGAAAGAGCUGAAAAAAAAGAAAAUUAAAUGCUUGCUUCACUAUAAUUGUAACCAGAUGAUAAAUUUAUUGUCACUAAAGAUGACUUGAGAGAUAUUUUUGUUACCAAAAUUGUUAAUAAAUUUGUCAAAGAGUUAAAAUGA